AUAACAGUCCUUGUACCAUAUGGCGCAAAUCAUUGCUCACAUUUAAAUUCCCGAUGACACGUGACGAAAAUACAUGUGCAUAACAUUUACGUAUCGGCAGUACCUGGUUUGUGUGUAAUGUAGACGUGGCUGAUCAUCUGUCCUACCUUUUGUAAGUGAAGUACCUCCUGACAGGACUCUUGGUACAGCGCCAUGGAGUCUCACAUGUUUGGGAAAUGGGAUUACACAGUGUUUGGUGUCAUGGUGGCCGUCUCGGUGAGUACUGGCAUAUACCACGCCAUAGUCGGCAGACAUGAUAGACUGGAGGAGUACUUCCUGGCUGGACGCGCUAUGUCCUUCUUACCCAUAGCGUUGUCGAUGCUGGCUUCGUUCACGUCAAUCAUUUCCAUGCUUGGAGCAUCAGGAGAGGCGUAUCGUAAUGGCAUCAUGUGGGUUCUCAAUGAAGUAGCGCACUCUGUGGGAAAACUUAUAGACAUGUGCCUCCUGCUGACCCUUCUGAAGAGACUGAACUUAUCAAGCCCAUUUCAGUAUAUCGAGGGUCGCUUCAAGUCCAGACUUCUCACCCUCAUUGUGACGGUGGCGUCUUGUGUACAAAAUAUGUUCUACAUGAGUGUAAUCUUGUUUGGACAGGGAAUGGCAUUGCAGGCCGUGACAGGGUUCUCCACACUGGCAUCAAUCUUAGUGACGUCAGCGGCAGCUGUUCUCUACACUUCUAUUGGUGGCCUGAAAGCGGUGAUAUGGACAGAUGUUCUCCAGUACACCCUAAUGUGUGCUGGGAUACUAGCAGUCACAAUAAAGGGCACCAUUGACGUAGGAGGAGUGCAGGAGAUAUGGAGCAGGAUGAGGUCUGGAGGAAGACUUACUUUAAAAUAUGACUUUGACCCGACUAUCCGCCACACUGUGUGGAUCGUAGGAUUUGCCGGAAUAUUUAAUCCACUUGGUCUUCUUUUCCGACCUGCCUAUCUUCAGCGUAUUGCCGCCACGAAGUCACUCACCGACGCAAGAAGGGCGAUGAUACUUGGCCUUAUCUGCAGUCCCUUAUUCGGAAUCCUUUGCGUCAUCAGUGGCCUUGUGGCAUAUGGUUACUAUGACUACAAGAGAUGCGACCCUGUAGCAUCCAAUCAGAUCGACAAAAGUGAUCAGGUAUUACCUUUCAUGACGAUCGACAUUUUCCGAAGCAUGCCAGGAAUGCCAGGACUGUUUCUUGCAGCACUCUACAGUGCGUCUCUCAGCUCAUUAUCAUCAGGACUAUCUGCCCUCGCGAAUAUAACAUGGGAGGAUUUCGUAAAACCACGUGUUUCUGCAAUGUCGGAGUUCAAACAAAUGGCUGUUGCCAAAGUCUCAGUGGUGGCGUGGGGUGUUGCUAUUUGUUGCGUGGCGAUAUGCGUGUCAUCCAUAAAAUCCAUCCCCCUACUUCAGAUAUAUUACAGCGCCAACGCAAUCAUUGCUGGGCCAAUGUUCGGCGUGUUCUACCUCGGUGCCAUAUUCCCGUUUGUCAAUACAAGAAGCGCUUUUGUUGCACUGCUGGUUGGGAUCAGCUUCCUGACGUGGCUGGUGGUAGGAGCUAGUAUUUCCCCAGGGGUGAGGAAGACGCCCCCUCUACCACCUGGCCCGACUGAUCACUGCCCGAAUGUCAACCUCACUCUGCCAUACACCAUGACGACACUGAACUCAACCAGUGAUGAUCUGCACCAAUAUACGGGGUCAGGUCUUGACGCCUUCUACAGCCUCUCUUACGUUCUGUACCAUGUGUUUGGAUUCCUCAUCGUGCAGGUGGUGGGCGUUGUCCUCAGUCUGGCCACAGGUGGAAACAAGGAUGGAGUUAACCCUCUCUACGUCAGAAAAUUCUUCUUCUGGAGGAGUGAGCCGGAAGAAGAACUUGUGAUGACUUCAGGAAGGUUUGCUGACACAUCAGAUGCCCCGGUGAAAGGACCAAGUGGCUCAAACGAUGAGGAACAAACAGAAUCGUUCAUCACCGAGAACCGAGUUUUAUGAUUAUUGGAAUUAAUUUUCAUAUUAUUUACACAUAAGGGCACGGGAUCCGCAUUCUCUUUACUUUUCUCAGCAUUUGUAUAUCAUAUUCAAGUAAUUAAGAUAAUACUUAGUCGUUACUCUACUUUUCUAACAUCCUCUUUCAAACAUAAUUAUGUUUAAUUCACCUGUAUUCACAGAAGGUUUCGCUGCGUAUAUUUAGCUUAUAAUUAUACCAUCAACCAAAUGUAUUUUAUAUAUUAUUAUUAGUUGUAGUAGUAUGUACGGAUUAAAAUAAAAAUAAAAAUGCA